AUGUCUAAUGAUGAUUUUGAUUCAUUAAUAAACAAAAUUUAUCAAAUGCAAAAACAAAUUGAACAACAGAAUGAAAUAACAUUAAUUGAAGAUGAGAAAGUGGAGCCUGAAAUUGAAGAAGUUGACAGAUCAUUCCCUAUGCAAAUUCAACGAUUAACCAAAGAUGACAUCUAUAAAGUCAAGGGAAUAUGGGAUAAUAGGAACAAGAAACGUAAAACUUUAAAUGAUGCUUUAUCACAUAUUCCGCCACCUAUCAAAUAUCUCCCUGAUGCUUCCAAAUCAAAAACUAGUACAAAGUCGGACCAUGACCCAGCAAAACCAAAGUUUGCAGAACAUAAUCGGGCAAACAUUGAAGAGGAUGUUCGCAGAAAGAGUUGUACAUUAAUAUUUCCUAUUGAAGUCAAGAGAAGACACAUUUUGGGACCCAUCUCUGAUGAUAAUAACAACAAAGAAAUUGAUGAUUGUAAUGACAAUGGCAAAAAUCACAAACUAAUGCUUUCAGAAUUGUACUAUCAGGACCAGUACAUGAAGGAUGUGAUUAAGCAAAUCUACUCUUACAUGGUAGUAAAUGAGUGCCAGUUUGGUGUAAUUUCAACUUAUAACAACAACUGGUUUAUGUGUCAACCAAAGGAUACACUAUCAGUGCUUUAUAUUUCAAAAACUCUUCAUGCAUAUUUAAUUCUUGUAAAGUAUAGUUAUUAA